AUGAUCCACAUCGCCAUUCUCGACUGCGACCUCCCCGUUCCCGCCGUCUACCCAACCCGCGGUCUAUACAGCUCCCAAUUCCGCACUCUGCUCCAAUCCGCCGCCGCACGACUCCCCCGCAACAUCGCCAUCCACACCACGGCGUUCGACGUCGUCGGCGGCUGUCUCCCUCCCUUGGCGAGUCUACGCACCGAUCCCCGUUCAGAAAAUGAACCCCCAUCACCAUCAAACCCACUCGCCCAACCCAUCGACGCCAUCCUCAUCACUGGCGCCGCCGCCGGCGCCUACGAAACAGACACCCAUGCCUGGAUCAUCCCGCUGACAUCUUACCUGCGUACCGUGUAUCGUGAUUUCCCACACGUGAGAUUCUUUGGGUCCUGUUUUGGACACCAGAUCCUAGCGCAGACGCUGCUCUCGUCGUCUUUGAAGAACGAGCCAUGCCCCCAUGGUCGCGAGAUGGGUCUCGUCCCCGUGUCUCUGGAAGAGAGAUUCCUCGCUUCGUUCCCGUCGGUGGCCACCUUGCUUCCAGAUCGAAACUUGAGACUCCAGAUGAUUCAUGGGGAUUGGGUGGUGCCGGUCUCCCGAGACACAAACAAUGUCGUCGAACUGCCGGAGCCGUGGAUGAAUAUCGGGUCCACUGCGCAGUGUCCCGUGCAGGGACUUUUUUGUCCCGGAAGGGUGUUGACGUUUCAGGGCCACUUCGAGUUCGAUGUGUUUGUGAAUGGUGAAACAUGUCAAGAGUUUGCUCGUCGGAUGGGCUGGGAUAAGGACCGGGUUCGGGAGUGGUUGGGGCUGAUUGAGAGGGGACAGGACGGUGAUGAUGCAAAGGUGGCUGCGGAAAUUGUGGUGAUGUUUUUUGCGGAUGUAUGA